AUUUUAAAUUGAUAAUUAAUUAAGGAAAAGAAGGCUCCAAAUAAUUUUUUCCCACAUUCUUUUAGAAUAAAUCUUUGUCAAGUCAUUUCUAUUGUGGGUGGGUAAGGAUUUUGCCGCAAUUAGAUUAAUCUGGAAUGACCUCUGCAAAAAAAAUAAUAUAACGAUGUGCGCUGUCAAGGCACUGACAUGAUUCUGCCAACAAUAAUUAUUGUCAUUGAUAAGUAGAGUCAAAGGGGCACAGGGUCAUGUCAUGUGAAACUUUACGCACUCAACCAAUUUUAGUUUGAAAGAGUCUCAAUUAAUUUUAUUUUAAGAAGGAAGAUGGGUGCGCAGAGCAUUGCACUUUGGCCUAAAAAGAUAGCAAAACUCGCGCAGAAUAUUUUAUGUAACUUUGAAAUGGAAAAAAAAUUAUCUUUUUUUUUAUAAAUUGAAAAUAUUAGUACAUGAUUGUUUAAUUUGAAACAAAAUAUCAACCAAAAUAAUAACCUAUCCAGUAAAAUUUGAGUGUGUAUUAGAAAUCUCCUGGAAAUAAUUUUCAAAAUUUUUCGAUUGUUUUGAAUUGUUUAAUCACUUACUAAAAAUAAAAAUAAACCGUGGUUCCCCACUUAUCUUGUAGGUUGGAGAGUUGUUUUAAGAAUACUACAAUGCAGCCUGCACUGCAGGUGAAAAAAGUGAUCUCCUUUCAAAAUGAGCUGCAACGAUGAUGUUCUGUGUGAACUCGAUGAGCAAGAAGUGGACCAGCUAUUAAUUAUUUUGGAAGAGUGUCUACCAAAUAGUAUUGUGAUUUACAACUGGAUUCUGAAACACCGCGAAUGGAAUCCUAAAAUUCAAACUUUAAACUUCAAAAUUUUAUCUCCCGCCAGUAUGAAAAUUAAGACUGGGUGUGCUGCAGUGUGUGUUUGCCAGGGUGUGUCGGACAAACAAUACGGAGUAAUUUUCGCAACUGAAGAGAACAAUGACCUACUGAAACAAUGUUUAACCGAGACCAAACUAAUCCCGUGGGAAAAAUUCAGCCACUUUACUGGAGUUCUAGAAAGCCAUGCCAAAAUUAUGGAAUCGGUUCUUCAGAUAAAAGGGUUUAAAACUUCAGAAGAUGAAAUCAGCCAGAGCUUCCUCUUGCACAUUCCUAUCGAGGAAGCUUUGAGAAGACCAGCGCCACAAAUUCCAGAUGGAUAUUACCUGAAACCAGUGAAUUUAUUGCAUAUUUCGGAGGCAACGGAUAUUUGGGAUGAUUACAAACAGACCGUGGAGAAGAUGUUUGAGCUAAACUUGUCUGUCGCCGCUUUUCGGAAAGCUGACGUCGGAGUAAAAGACGAUCUGGUUGCGAUGAAUGUUCAGGCCGAGUAUGGUGGUGUGUCCGCCUUGCAAGUGGCGCCCGAACACCAACGAAAAGGCUUCGGAACAUGUGUUUUGACGGAACUUACUCGGAAAAUGGCGCAAAUUAGAAUUCACCCGCACGCACACGUGUUAAGGGACAACUUCAAGUCACUCGGUUUGUUCGAAAAGUGCGGAUACCGCGUUGUGCAAAAGUCGUUUUGGAUUUUUGUUCGAAAGUAGUUAGCACUCGGAAAAUUUGCGCACAUCCAUAGACAUACGCCCCACUUGGUACUCACGGUCCAGCUGCAAGGUGGUCAACUGCUGCCUUGAGGGUGACAGGGUUAGGAUCCUAUUCGAAACAGGAAUGAGUAUCUUUUUAAAAAAUAAAUCUCUUUCAACAAAAUUGGUUUUCUUUU